AUGGCACCAACAAUGCCCUCAGAUCUCACAGAAUUUGUGAUUGUUGAAGGGAAUGGAGUGAAGGGGUUGUCUGAAAUUGGCCUGAAGAGUCUCCCAAGAGAGUACAUCCAACCUUUGGAAGAGAGAAUGAUGAAUGUUGUGGGUGGAGAUUCCAUUCCCAUCAUUGACAUGUCCAAUUGGGAUGACCAAAAAGUGGAAGAUGAAAUCUGUGAUGCAGCUGAGAAGUGGGGUUUCUUCCAAGUCAUCAAUCAUGGGGUGCCCCUCCAUGUGUUGGAAAAGGUGAAGGAUGCAACUCACAGGUUUUAUGAGAUGGAAGCUGAGGAGAAGGUAAAGUACUCAAAAGAAAAUUCAGCAUCAAAACAUGUGAGGUAUGGCUCAAGCUUCAGCCCUGAAUCUGAGAAAGCCCUAGAAUGGAAGGAUUAUCUCAGCCUCUUCUAUGUUUCUGAUCAUGAGGCUGCAACAAUGUGGCCACCCCCAUGCAGGGACGAAGCACUAGAAUACAUGAAGAGAUCUGAAAUCUUGAUCAAACGACUUUUAAAUGUGUUACUUAAGAGACUAAAUGUGAGUGAAAUUGAUGAGAAAAAUGAAGCAUUGUUUAUGGGUUCAAAGAGGAUCAACCUCAACUAUUAUCCCAUUUGUCCUAACCACGACCUAACUGUAGCAAUAGGGCGACAUUCUGAUGUCUCAACCCUAACUGUUCUCCUUCAAGAUGAAAUCGGUGGCCUCCAUGUUCGAGCACCAAACCACCACGACUGGAUUCAUGUGUCGCCAAUCUCUGGUGCUCUAGUGAUCAAUAUAGGUGAUGCACUCCAAGUGAUGAGUAAUGGACGAUACAAGAGUAUCGAGCAUCGUGUGUCAGCCAAUGGAAGCAAAACUAGGGUUUCAGUGCCAAUUUUUGUGAACCCUAGACCCUCAGAUGUCAUAGGUCCUUUGCCUCAAGUUCUUGCUAAUGGAGAGCAAGCCAUGUAUAAGAAUGUGGUGUAUUCAGAUUAUGUGAAGUAUUUCUUCAGAAAACCUCAUGAUGGAAAGAUGACAGUUGAAUAUGUCAAGAUAUGA